CGUGACGCCGAUCAAAACGACACCCACUUCUUCUGCGUCUUCUCUCUCUCUCUCUCUCUCUCUCUCUCUUCAUCUCUGUCUCACGCCUUUCUCUCUCUAAAAAUCUCUCCUUUUUUUUUUUUCUUUACACAGAACAAAAUUAAAAUUUUCAGUCUUUCGAUUUCAAAACAAUCUCUUGACAACAUUUCUCCUGGUUUUAUCAUCCAAAUCAUAAGAAAGGAAGCAUUUUUAUUUUUAAAAAUUGGGUUUUUUUUCUUUUCUUCUUCUUCUGGAUAUAGAGAGCGAGAGAAGUUAGGAACAGAUCUCUCUCUCUCUCUCUCACUUUCUCGUUCUGCUCUCUCAUUCGUGCCAAACGUCUCUCUUCUUCCAUUUAAAUUAAAAAAAAAAAAAAAAGCUCAAAUUUUGUAGCUCUCCUUGUUUGCUACGACUGGUUUGCGAUUUUCAGUUCUGGGUCUGAGAAGACGGACGACUUGAACAUCGGAAUUUGGGGGGUCUAGGUUAGGGUUUAGCUAGCAAUUUGGGAUUUUGGAGAUGUUUUAGUUACUCUGAUUUGGGUUCUGAGAUUAUGAUUAUCAAACGGAAAUUUAAAACCCAGAUACCGAGUUUGAAACGGUGCAAACUCGGUAACUCGGCGAACGAGUCCAGGAAGAAGAGAAAGACCAACUUGGGAGGAGGUCACUACUACCCUCUCAAUCUUCUCGGAGAAAUCGCCGCCGGGAUUGUUCCUGGUGGUACAGGACGGAAUGGAUUCUCUGCUGCUUCGUGGUGCUCUGAAAUGAAACCUGUUGAUGAGGUACAAAAAGAGUCGUCAAUGUCGAGGAGAAGAUUAGAAGAUUCCGGCUCUGUGAGGGAUCCUCCUCCGGCUGAAGUCUCUCGCCCACCGCUUGUUCGGACAUCUAGGGGAAGGAUUCAGGUGCUUCCUUCUCGAUUCAAUGAUUCGGUGCUCGAGAAUUGGAGGAAAGAUAGCAAAAGUGAUUGUGAUGAUUUGGAGGAACAAGUAGUAGCGUGCAGGGAUGAGAAAGUUAGUAGUUUUCGGGGUUCUAAAGUUGGCAAUUUGAAAAACAAGCAGCUUGAUAGGAGCCGUAAGUAUAACAGUGUAUUGUAUAAAGAAACAACGUUUCACGAGGAACGUGGUGAGGCUCGUCCUAGUCGUGUUGACAGACCGAGGGAAGAUGAUGACAAGAAGAUUAUGAAGAAAGAUGGUUCUUUUGGGCCAGAAAACUUCUAUUCAGGAGACUUGGUUUGGGCUAAAUCUGGGAAAAAGGAACCGUUUUGGCCGGCUAUUGUUAUCGAUCCAAUGACUCAAGCACCCGAGCUUGUUUUGCGUUCUUGUAUANCGUGUGUUGAGAUCAAGCUCAUUUUAUGGUCUGAAGGAUUUGGGGGAAACAGAUUACUACUGUGGGUGAGGAGAGGGAUGAUCUUCCCUUUUGUGGACUAUGUUGCCAGGUUCCAGGAACAGUCUGAACUGCAAGGGUGCAACCCUCGUAAUUUUCAGAUGGCACUGGAGGAAGCAUUUUUGGCAGAUCAGGGAUUCACGGAGAAGUUGAUGCAUGAUAUUCACUUGGCUGCUGGUAACCCUGCUUUUGACGAUUCUUUCUACGGAUGGAUUCAAGAGACCGCCGUCCCAAAUCAGGAUCUCGGUAACAAUGCUCCAAGCCAGAGGCUGUUAAAAAAGUACGGAAAUCCACUGGAAUGUGUAGGAUGUGGAACGAUAAUUUCUUUUGAGAUGGCAAAAAAAAUGAAAUGUGGAGAUAAAUUGUUGUGUAAACCAUGUUCAAGGUUGAGAAAAUCAAAACACAUUUGUGGUAUAUGCAAGAAGAUAAGGAAUCAUUUGGACCGUCAAACCUGGGUGCGCUGUGAUGGUUGUAAAGUCUGGGUACACGCAGAGUGUGACCAAAUAUCAAAUAAGCAUCUAAAGGAUUUGGGGGAAACAGAUUACUACUGUCGUACUUGCAGAGCUAAAUUUAACUUUGAACUAUCAGAUUCAGAAAAUCAAAACUCAAAGUCAAAACUUAGCAAAGGCGAUGGUCAGAUGGUUCUUCCUGACAAGGUUACUGUUGUAUGCGCUGGAGUAGAAGGAAUUUAUUUUCCGAGGCUCCAUUUAGUGGUGUGUAAGUGUGGCUCCUGUGGACCUAAAAGGAAAGCACUUAGUGAAUGGGAAAGGCAUACCGGAUCAAAGUCAAAAAAUUGGAAGACCAGUGUGAAAGUCAAAAGCUCGAAGCUGUCACUAGAAGAAUGGAUGCUGAAAUUAGCAGAGUUACAUGCAAAUGCUACAGCAGCUAAAGUUCCCAAACGACCCUCCAUAAAGCAGAGAAAGCAGAGAUUACUUGCUUUUCUAGCAGAGACAUAUGAGGCGGUCAAUGCGAAGUGGACAACAGAACGAUGUGCAGUUUGCAGAUGGGUUGAAGAUUGGGACUACAACAAGAUUAUUAUCUGUAACAGAUGCCAAAUAGCAGUGCAUCAGGAAUGCUAUGGCGCUAGACAUGUUCGUGAUUUCACCUCAUGGGUCUGUAAAGCAUGCGAGAAACCAGAUAUUAAGCGGGAGUGCUGCCUCUGCCCUGUAAAAGGAGGUGCAUUGAAGCCAACUGAUGUGGAAACGCUGUGGGUUCAUGUGACGUGUGCUUGGUUUCAGCCUGAAGUAUGUUUUGCAAGUGAAGAAAAAAUGGAACCAGCUGUUGGGAUAUUGAGUAUUCCAUCAAGUAAUUUUGUGAAGAUAUGUGUAAUAUGCAAACAAAUACACGGCUCGUCUACUCAGUGUUGCAAGUGUUCCACAUAUUAUCACGCCAUGUGUGCCUCCCGAGCUGGUUAUAGAAUGGAGCUGCACUGCUUGGAGAAAAAUGGUCGGCAGACAACAAAGAUGGUGUCCUAUUGUGCUUAUCACAGGUCUCCAAACCCAGAUAAUGGGUUAAUUAUACAAACUCCUUCACGGGUCUUCUCUGCAAAAAGUGUGGUCCAAAACAAAAAGAAAGGCGGUUCCCGGCUUAUUUCAGCAGUCAGAGAAGACGAUGAAGAGUCACCCACAGAGGAUACCGUUACAUGUGAUCCAUUUUCUGCUGCUCGUUGUCGAGUAUUUAAAAGAAAGACUAAUAGCAAGAAGAGGAGUGAAGAAGAAGCUAUCCCUCACCACACAAGGGGACCACACCACCAUCCAUCAGCAGCAAUCCAAACUCUAAAUACAUUGACGCAUGUGCCGGAAGAACCCAAAUCGUUUUCUUCUUUCAGGGAGCGACUUCACCACUUGCAGAGGACAGAAAUGGACCGGGUCUGCUUUGGGCGAUCUGGAAUACAUGGGUGGGGUCUAUUCGCAAGAAGAAAUAUCCAAGAAGGAGAAAUGGUUCUUGAAUACAGAGGGGAACAGGUGAGAGGUAGCAUUGCCGACUUAAGAGAAGCACGGUAUCGUAGAGUAGGGAAGGAUUGCUAUCUGUUCAAGAUCAGUGAGGAAGUAGUGGUUGAUGCUACAGAUAAAGGGAAUAUAGCUCGGCUCAUAAACCAUUCGUGUACGCCAAAUUGCUAUGCAAGGAUUAUGAGCGUAGGAGAUGAGGAAAGCAGGAUUGUCCUCAUCGCCAAGACCAAUGUAGCUGUGGAAGAGGAGUUAACGUAUGAUUACUUAUUUGAUCCAGACGAGCCAGAGGAAUUCAAGGUGCCAUGCUUAUGUAAAGCCCCCAACUGCAGGAAAUUCAUGAACUAAUGGUUGGUGCUUGUUUACUUACUUCAAACGCUACAACACCAUGAAGAAGACGCAAGCAAGGUUCUCUUUUUUUCUAUAUAUAUAUGUUUGCUCCAUAAACAAUAGAUUUAUAGGUGAUAGAAAGAUCAAAUGGUGAUUUUAGCUCUUAUCUAUUUUGCGUCUCUGUAUAGACAACAACAACUCAUUCGUUUCACCAUUUCCUGGAAAAAUCCAAUUAAAUUAAUUCACUUCCA